AGUUUUAGCUAGAGAGAGAGAGGCACACGUCGUCACGUGCAGGUAAACACAACAAGCUUCAAGAAAACGGACCGAACAACGAGAGACACAACUCGUCGGCAGCAAAGUUACGGUGUGGUGCUGCUGCUGCUGCUGAACAGGCUCGCUAAUGGAUGAACUCCGUACCCACGUCGACACCGGAGCUAAUGGAAGCGUCCCGGAGCACACAACGGACGACAUGAACAGAGAGGUGGAGCGGAUGUUCCUGAGGCGUUGUAGGUGGCGGGGCCGCUCACAGAAUCUCGUGCACAAGCUGGUGGAGAGACAGUUGCUGGUUCACUGGCCAGCCAAGUCCUACCACCUAACACGCUCGAUGUAGUACCACUGCAUUGUCCCGAACCACACAGAGCAAGGUGUGCUGAGUCCCCCAGGCUUUCUGAGGAAGUUCUCCCCAGAUGGGCGGUUCCUGCUGGCCUUCUCGAACGACCAGAGGGACGUGGUCGUGUACGAGUACCUUGGGGCAGGUGCAGCGCAUAGUCUGUACCAGGAGGAGCAAUCGGAGGCGAAUGUUGCGGUUCUGUUUGACAAAUUUUUCAAAGUACACUGCACGAUACGGUUGGCGCAGAAUGGCGAACACCUGAAUCGAGAGUGUAGCCUUUUCACCGACGACUGCCAAUACGCAAUCGUGGUCUCGUCUGAAACAAUCGAUGAUGAUGGGUACCCAAACAUGCCUGACAUACUGGGCAACAAUGAGGCCAUUUCAAGUAGCUCGCUCUGCACCCUGGAAGACUACACUGUCUACAUCGUCGACAUACUCGGUAAGUGCGUGACCGAUUCGACCACGUUCAAAUAUGACAAGAUUAACCUCUCGCACAACCAGGGGCUCUCUCUGUGUAACUCUCUCUUGGCCAUCCUCUCCCUUCAACAGCAGACAAUGCACCUCUUCGAGAUAUCAAACGGUACUCUCACCCACCUUCAAGACAUUGGCCGAUUUUGCUACCCCGAGACCAACAUGAUUCUCCCCGACUUGACCGAGAUCGAACCAGAGCAGUUCUUGCCGACAGAUGCCGUCGCUGAGGCGUGGUUCACCACACUCAAGCACCGCUUCCUCUGUUUUCUUCUGAGACGGGCCGAGGAGCAGUCCUCGCAGACUGACCGUUUCCCGCUGCUGAACCAUUUCAACAAAUACGCAACUUUCAAGUCCCUCCGCAUCUCAAAGGUGCAGCUGCUGGGGGAGAGGCACCUCUUGCUGAAGUACGCAAACGAGAAAACAAUCACGCAGAAACCGUCCGAUUCCUCGCCCCAGAAUUGUCUCUACGUCUUCUACGACAUCAAGACCACAGAAAUCCUGAGCAUCCACGAAAAUACGUCUGAGAGUUUCCUGAAGAUUUACGAGAGACACACAGUUUCAGAUAUCCAGUUGCUCACCCUCUCUGUCGCGACAUGAGCUCCCUAGCAAACAACCAACACUGCAGAACACUGCACGAAAAGUUCAAGAAGAGCAUUAGGUGUGCUAAGUAUGGGGGCAGCACAGAGGCAACUCGUAGGCUGCUUGGUCAGCUUCCGGUCUGCUCGCAGUCAUUCUCUAACAGUCCCUAUCUCGACCUGGCUCUCUUCUACUACGACGACAAGUGGAUAUCUCCUCUGGAGAGACCAAAGCCGUGUGGAGAUACCCCUAUCAAGUUCUUCUCCAGGGAGAGCGGGCAAUUCAAGUUCCAACUGGAGAACGCAGCUGUGAGGAUCCCGACUGGCUCCCAGGCUUCCAACAGACGCCUGGUGGCCUUCAUCUUCCACCCUUCAGAACCGUUUGUCAUAUCUAUCCAGAAGGCUCUGUACGACUAUGUCGUCAGCUUUCAUUUCAGAAACUGCUUCACUUGACUAUACUCUUGGCCAGGAUCACGCUACACACAGUGCUCUUUGGUUUUUGCAUACAUUUCCACAGUUCAGUCUGCUA